UCUGGUUUUUUUUUUUUUUUAAUUGGAUUUUUUUUUUACGAGAACCUUUUUUAAUACAAAAAUGGCAAAUUCGACGGGUAAAAACCACGCAGACCAGCGGAGAAAGGGACUCGCUUUCCUGGACGAGCUGCGGCAGUUUCACCACAGCAGAGGGUCUCCUUUUAAGAAGAUCCCCGUAGUGGGUGGGAAAGAGCUGGAUCUUCACGCUCUCUACACCAGAGUCACCACUUUAGGCGGAUUUGGGAAGGUAUCAGAGAAGAAUCAGUGGGGAGAAAUUGUAGAGGAGUUUAACUUUCCCAGAAGUUGUUCUAACGCUGCCUUCGCUUUAAAACAGUAUUACUUGCGUUAUCUAGAAAAGUAUGAAAAAGUCCAUCAUUUUGGGGAGGAGGAUGAUGAGGUACAACCAGGCAAUCCAAAGCCACAACUUCCUAUUGGUGCAAUUCCAACUUCCUAUAACUACCAGCAGCACAGUGUGUCAGAUUACCUUCGUCAAAGCUAUGGACUGUCUAUGGACUUUAACUCACCAAAUGACUAUAAUAAACUGGUGCUUUCACUGUUAUCUGGACUCCCAAAUGAAGUGGACUUUGCAAUUAAUGUAUGCACUCUUCUUUCAAAUGAAAGCAAGCAUGUUAUGCAACUUGAAAAGGACCCUAAAAUCAUCACUUUACUGCUUGCAAAUGCUGGGGUGUUUGAUGACACUUUAGGAUCAUUUUCGGCUGUGUUUGGAGAAGAAUGGAAGGAGAAAACUGAUAGAGAUUUUGUUAAGGAGUGGUACAGCAUCACCAAAGAAGGCAUGUUCGGUUCUUUUCUGAAAAAGUUUUGGAAGGAUAUUGUUGAGGAUAUUGAAGUUCGUGAUCUAAUUUCUGACAGAAGCAAAUCUCAAGAUAUUUCAUCGGAAGACUGGAUUUGGGAAUCCUUAUUUCAUCCACCUCGCAAAUUGGGCAUUAAUGAUAUUGAAGGGCAGCGUGUGCUUCAGAUCGCAGUGAUUUUACGUAAUCUUUCUUUUGAAGAGGGAAAUGUUAAACUUCUGGCAGCUAAUCGUACUUGUCUUCGGUUCCUGCUCCUCUCUGCUCACAGUCAUUUUAUUUCUUUACGGCAGCUGGGGCUUGACACGCUGGGAAAUAUUGCAGCAGAGCUUCUUUUGGAUCCUGUUGAUUUCAAAACUACUCAUCUAAUGUUUCACACUGUUACAAAAUGCCUCAUGUCAAGGGAUAGAUUUUUAAAAAUGAGAGGCAUGGAAAUCCUGGCAAAUCUUUGUAAGGCUGAAGAUAAUGGUGUCUUGAUUUGUGAAUAUGUGGAUCAAGAAUCCUAUAAAGAGAUCAUAUGUCAUCUCACUCUGCCAGAUGUGCUGCUUGUAAUCUCAGCACUUGAGGUGCUGUACAUGCUCACAGAAAUGGGAGAAGUGGCCUGCUCAAAGAUUGCUAAAGUCGAGAAGAGCAUCGAUACAUUAGUAUGUCUGGUUUCUAUGGACAUCCAGAUGUUUGGACCUGAUGCACUUACUGCUGUAAAACUCAUUGAGCAUCAGUGCAUUAGCCAGCAAGGAGUACCUGAUGUCAGACCACAAGUAAUGGAUCAUGGUUCUUCACAGACCCACGCAACAGGUGUCCCAGCCUCUAGGACAGCACCACAUGUUGCUCCACCACCAGGAAUAGUAGAAAUAGACAGCGAGAAAUUUGCAUGUCAGUGGUUGAAUGCACACUUUGAGGUGAAUCUUGAUUGCUCAGUCUCUCGAGCAGAAAUGUACUCUGAAUACCUCUCUACCUGUAGUAAAUUAGCUCGAGGUGGAAUCCUGACAUCAACUGGAUUUUAUAAAUGUCUGCGAACUGUCUUUCCAAAUCAUACAGUGAAGAGAGUAGAGGAUCCAAGUAACAAUGGUCAAGCACAUAUACAUGUGGUAGGAGUGAAAAGGAGAGCUAUACCACUUCCCAUUCAGAUGUACUAUCAGCAGCAACCAACUUCGUCUACCCCAGUUGUCCGGGUUGAUUCAAUUCCUGAUGUGUCUUCGUCUCCUUCGCAAGCAGGAAUCCCACAUGGGCUACCAGGCUUAGGAAAUCACUAUCAGAGGACCCCUAUUAACCAGUCUUCAACUUUGACAGCAACACAGAUGUCUUUUCCAAUUCAAGGUGUUCAUACUGUGGCACAGACUGUUUCUAGAAUCCCACAAAAUCUUUCUCUUCAUACACAGCAGCAAAAUGCUCCAGUGACUGUUAUACAGAAUAAAGGUCCAAUAUCCUGUGAAGUAGUGAAGGCCACAGUAAUACAGAGCUCUGUUCCCCAGUCUGCAGUUCCUGUUACUAUUGCUGUAGGAGGAGCACCACAAGCUUCUAAUCAAAAUCACAGCACUACAGGACAACAGCCGUCUGUCACUGUUGUUAGUUCUCAGACGUUGCUUCACCACCAACCUGUAAUUCAACAACAGUCUCCACUGCAUGCAGUGGUACCAGGACAGAUACCUUCAGGCACUCCUGUUACGGUAAUUCAGCAAGCUGUACCUCAGGGUCAUAUAUUUGGCAGAGUACAAAACAUACCAGCAUGCAGUUCAGCAGUUUCACAGGGUCAGCAGCUAAUCAGCACAUCAUCACAACCUGGGCAGACACCAUCUCAGCAGUCCUCUGCUGGUAACCAGCAACAAGAUACAGUCAUUAUAGCACCACAGCAGUAUGUUACCACCUCUGCAUCUAACAUUGUUUCUGCCACCACAGUUCAAAAUUUUCAAGUAGCAGCUGGGCAGGUGGUUACAAUUGCAGGUGUCCAAAACCCACCAACAUCUAGGGUAGGGUUUCAGAAUAUUGCACCAAAGCCUUUGCCAUCGCAACAAGUUCCACCCGCCAUGGUACAGCAGCCGAUGCAGUCACAGCAGCAGCCUCCACCACCAUCCCAGCAAAGUGUAGUGAUUGUAAGCCAGCCAGCUCAGCAAGGUCAAACGUAUGCACCAGCCAUUCAUCAGAUUGUGCUUGCUAAUCCAGCUUCUAUUCCUGCUGGUCAAACUGUCCAGUUGACUGGACAGUCAAGCAUUACUCCAUCUUCUUCACCAUCCCCAGGUCCAGUUACAAAUAAUCAAGUCCCUACAGUUAUGUCAUCUUCAUCUACCCCACCUCAGUCACAAGGACCCCCUCCUACUGUCAGCCAGAUGCUUUCUGUAAAGAGGCAGCAGCAGCAGCAACAUUCACCAGCAUCAUCGCAGCAGCAGGUACAGGUACAACAGCCGAUACAAAUGCAAGUUCAGUCACAGCAACCUAAUUCAGGAGUUGGCCAGCCUAACUCCAGUGAGUCUAGUCUGAUUAAACAACUGCUUCUUCCAAAAAGAGGCCCCUCAACUCCAGGGGGAAAGCUUAUACUCCCAGCUCCACAGAUUCCUCCACCUAACAAUGCAAGAGCUCCUAGCCCUCAGGUGGUUUAUCAGAUGGCCAAUAACCAGGCACCAGGUUUCGGAGUUCAAGGACAGUCUCCAGCUCAGCAGCUGCUAGUUGGACAGCAAAAUGUUCAGCUGGUCCCGGGUGCAAUGCCACCCCAAGGGGCAGUACAAACAGUACCCAUUUCUAAUUUACAGAUAUUGCCAGGCCAAUUGAUCUCAAACAGCCCAGCGACUAUUUUCCAAGGGACUACUGGCAACCAGGUUACAAUAACAGUUGUGCCAAAUACAAGUUUUGCUACUGCAACUGUGAGUCAGGGAAAUGCAGCUCAAAUAAUUGCUCCAGCAGGAAUUGCAGUGAGUGGAGCACAGACAGGAGUUGGGCUACAGGUGCAAACACUUCCAGCUACUCAAGCACCUUCAGCUGGACAAUCACCGUGUACUGCUGCUCCCCCAUUCAAAGGUGAUAAAAUAAUUUGCCAAAAGGAGGAAGAAGCAAAGGAAGCAACAGGUUUACACAUUCAUGAACGUAAAAUUGAAGUUAUGGAGAAUCCUUCCUGCCGAAGAGGAGCUGCAAACACCAGCAAUGGGGAUGCAAAAGAAAAUGAAAUGCAGGUGGGAAGUCUUUUAAAUGGGAGAAAGUAUAGUGACUCCAGUCUACCUCCUUCUAACUCAGGGAAAACUCAGAAUGAGGCCAAUCAGUGCUCACAAGUCAGUAAUGGGCCAUCAUUAGAAAUGGGUGAGAACGGAGCUCCUGGAAAGCAGAACUUUGAACAAAUGGACACACAGGAAAUUAAAAGUGAUUUGAAGAAGCCCCUAGUUAAUGGAAUCUGUGAUUUUGAUAAAGGAGAUGGUUCUCAUUUGAGCAAAAACAUUCCAAAUCACAAAACUUCCAAUCAUGUAGGAAAUGGUGAGAUAUCUUCAGUGGAACAACAAGGGAAUUUGGAUGCCACACAGCAAGAUACUGCCAAAGGUGAUCAAGGGGAAAGAAUUUCUAAUGGGCCUGUAUUAACUUUGAGUAGUUCACCUGUUGUAAGCGGUACACAGGAGGCUGCAAAACUGUUAACCCAGCAACUUAGUGGUACCAACACUGAUUUACCUAAUGGACCUCUAGCUUCAAGUUUGAAUUCAGAUGUGCCUCAGCAACGCCCAAGUGUAGUUGUCUCACCACAAUCUACAGCCUCUGUUAUACAGGGGCAUCAAAUCAUAGCAGUUCCACACUCAGGACCUAGAGUGUCCCAGUCUACCCUGUCAUCCGAAGUUCGGUCUACUAAUGGCACAGCAGAAUGCAAAACUGUAAAGAGGCCAGCAGAGGAUAAUGACAGGGAAACUGUUCCAGGAAUUCCAAAUAAAGUAGGAGUUAGAAUUGUUACAAUCAGUGACCCAAACAAUGCUGGUUGCAGUGCAACUAUGGUUGCUGUGCCAGCUGGAGCGGAUCCAAGCACUGUAGCGAAAGUAGCAAUAGAAAGUGCUGUUCAACAAAAGCAGCAGCAUCCAACCACGUAUAUACAAAGCAUGGUCACACAGAGCACACCUGCAACGUCGAUACCAACAGUGCAAGUACAGGGCCAGCAGAUCAAUUUGCAGCCGCCUUCAUACACUGCAGCAAGUCAGCAUGCAGAGCAAAUGAAAAAACCUGGACAGAACU